UCAGUGAAAAAGAAACUGAAAGGCAGUUUUCAAAGUUUUCCUUCAAAAAAAAUUCUAGAUACCUUAUUUUCCGUUCAACAAGCUCACAGCCUAUACAGUCAAUAGGAAAUAUGGGUAUAAGUUCACAAAGGAAGCGCAUGAAACUGCUGCUUCAGCGCUCGGUGAGACUGCCGAAAUUCGCCCGGCAAAAUGGAAGGUAGUUCUGCAAAAGUUACAAGCCUGGUCGACAAACAUGGUGGGCCAGUGUCGACAGUUUAUGGGAGCGUGCGGCAUUACUGGGAGCGUGUAUUGUGCUUACCGCGUGGAAUUUGUUUCUUCGGCUGUUCCGUGCCCCUAUGUUGAUAUCCGGGAAGCAGAUUGUCGUGAGAAUAAUUUUCUAUGUCUGGUUCGCGGGAUGGAUAUACUUGUUUGUUCUGUUGUCAACCAUCCCAGAUCCCCAUGAUAAUCGAAAAACCGUAUUUGGUAUUUUCUUAGUGUUUUUCUUUUUUUCCCCGUGGAUAAUGUAUGUGAGCUACUCCUAUAACACAGCACUCGCCAGCUUUCUUAAAGAUUUUGCAGUUAUUUCACCCGCUGAAUUAUACGACAUUAUUGGUCCCUCCCCAUCAGACCUCCCACGCCUGGGCUGCAAGAUGCAGUGCUACCAUAUGGAAUAUAUUAGUAAUGGAAGUGUAAGAUGUGAUACGUGGAGCGGAGAAGAGCCGUUUACCUGUGCUGAUGUCACCGACAUUUCAUCUCCGCCGCUUCCUACCAUCAAGGAACUCAACUCCGUAAAAGUAACCCUGAUCCAGUUGUCGAAAGAAUUCAGAUUCGCUGAUGGGAUUACGGCUGAAGCAUUCCGACGCCAGGAGAAGACCUUCCAGGAAGCGAAUCGCCAUCACGAUUUACAUCAUGACCUGCAAGCAGUUCUUACUAUUCCCGGUUUUCAAGGAGCAAUGAUAGUUUCAGCGCAGCCAGCACCAACCAAACCGUUCAUCUUCGGCAAAUAUUUGUAUAUUUUGGCACUAUGCAUGCUCCUGGACCUACCUUACUUAUGUAUUUGCAAUCUAUACUGGUCAAAGAUCGUCAAGCACACGGUUAUUAAAAAGUUUGGCAAGCCGCUGGACGCACGCGGCCGGUUAACCGUAGCUGGAUUAUCACCGGACUAGAAAAUCCGUCCGUCAAUUUUGCGACAAUACCUACAGUGCAGGUGCAUCAAACAGCUCGGAAAACCGCUGGCCGUGACUAUAAGUUAGCCAAAAAUUCCGUUUUCGAAACGAGAAGCUUUGUUCAGAAUGUUUUAAGCCAGUGAUGCGUUAAAGCUGAUAAUUACUGUAUAACCUCCAAUAUUAUACAUCACUUUUUUUGUCGUGAGUGCUAAAGUCAAACUUACACUUGUUUUUAGCCACAUCUGUACAAUCAAUACGAACGUUUUCUUUCAUAACUACUUGUCAUUUCUGUUUAUCCGGACAAUCCGUGUUGUGAUAAGUGCGAUAACGAGUACUUCGAUAUUUGUUAACAACCGGUCAGUUUAUUAAGGCAGUACUUCCCUUUCCUAUUUGAGAUAACCGUUGCCCACAAAAU